AUGAACAUUCUGGGCGAUUGUGUUACAAAAGACCUCGGUGAUGCUUUUGUCACUACAGAGAUGGACUACACUCUACCUGACCCCCCACUCACAGACGAGGGCGAGCUACAAUGCGCCAAGCUGAGAGAGAACCUCAUCUCCACCUUCUCAAAGGAUGUGGAUAACCCGGAUGAUAUUGCUAUCGUCGUGAGUCCCAUGCGUCGUACUCUGCAGACAGCCAUGCUCUCCAUGGACUGGCUUGUCGAGCGUGGUGUGAAAAUCGAAGGCAAUGCAGACUGGCAAGAAAAUUCGGAUAAGCCUUGUGAUACGGGAAGUCAGAUAUCUACUGUAUCUAAAGACUUUCCUCAAGUCAACUUCUCCACCGUCGACGCUGUUUGGCCUGACAAGAAAUCCCCUGCGGGCCGGCGCUACGCAUAUACCAAGUAUUCCAUCCUUGCUCGUGGAAAGCGUGCUCUAGAGGAUCUCCACAAGCGACCUGAGAAGCUCAUCUUCGUCGUGUCCCAUUCUGGCUUCCUCAGGUUGGGUGUCGUUGGAUAUUGGUUCUUUAAUAGUGACUAUCGUGUCUUUGACUUUGAAGCUGAGAGGAACGCCGAUGGUGAAUUGAGAGUUGUCCAGCAGGAGAGGACUCUUGCUGGUGGGCUGGGCCUGUCGUGGAAGGAUCCUGUUGCCCUGGGCGGUGAUCUUCCCGAGGAGGAUCCUGAAACUGAUCCCGGUGCCUUUUAA